GGAGGGCGUCCGGACCGCGUCCCCGUCGCCAGGGAAACCGAAGCAACCCUCAGUCGCGCGCGAUGCUUAGCGCUGGGGAGCUAGCCGCGCUCGCGGAGGAGAACGUGGGCCGGGAACCCGGCGCCGACCCACGACUGAGACUCCUGGGGACCUUUGUGACCCAGAGUCUGCGGCCGGCUGCAGGCGCCUGGGAGCGCUGCACCGGGACUUCCGAGGUGGGGCAGCUGCUCCAGGCCUUCCUGGGCCAAGAUGCUGCGGAGGGUCCGCGGCCGCUGCUGGUGGUGCGGCCCGGGGCCGGGGACCUGGUGGUGCGACCCGGGCUGGACGCGGGACCCGUGUUGGGCCCGGCUCGCGCUAAGGGGCUUUUUUUCCUGCGCACCAGGCCCGAACCUCCAGGGCCCAACAGACUCCGCGGCGCAGUGCUGUGCGGGGACCUGCCCGUGGCGCCUCUGGAGCACCUGGCAGCGCUGUUCUCCGAGGUAGUUAUACCCAUCCUGGCCAAUGAGAAGAAUUGCCUAGACUGGCCCCAAAUGGUGUUUCAGGAUGUCUGGCGGCAUGCCCACAGCCUCCAGUGUGAUCUCUUGGUUAUCCUUGAGCAGGUGAAGGGGAAAACGCUGCUGCCUCUUCCAAUAGGCUCAGAAAAAAUGGAGUUUGUGGAUUCCAAAAGUGAGACAGUCUUGGAUUCCAUAGACAAGUCAGUCAUCUACUCCAUUGAGUCUGCAGUGAUCAAAUGGAGCCACCAAGUUCAGGUGGUGCUCAGGAGAGAGUCUUCUCAGUCACUCUUACAAGGGGAUAAUCCCACCCCUAAGGUGGAGUUGGAGUUCUGGAAGAGCAGGUAUGAGGAUCUGGAAUACAUUUAUAAUCAACUGAGGACAAUAAAGGUGAAAGCUAUGGCUGUGCUCCUGGACAAGCUUCAGAGCAGCUACUUUCCCGCUUUCAAAGCCAUGUUCAGAAACGUUGUAGCAGCUCUGGCCGAGGCGCGGGACAUCCAUGUGCACCUGGUACCACUCCACCGCCACCUGGAAACCCUCGAAAAUGCAGAGUUUCCAGAGGUGAAGUCCCAGCUGCACCCCCUGCUCCACGUGGUCUGCCUGAUUUGGGCCACAUGCAAGUGCUACCGCUUCCCAGGGAGGCUGACUGUGCUGCUCCAGGAGAUUUGCAACCUUCUCAUCCAGCAGGCCUCUAAUUAUCUCAGUCCAGAAGACCUCCUGAGAAGUGAUGUAGAAGAAAGUCAGAGGAAACUACAAGUGGUCUCGGACACCUUGAGCUUCUUCAAGCAGGUGUUUCAGGACAGAAGGGAGAAUCUUCACACUUACUUCAAAGAGAAUCAGGAAAUCAAGGAGUGGGAUUUCCAAUCUUCUUUGGUCUUUGUACGAUUGGAUGGCUUCCUAGGACAACUGCAUGUGGUAGAGGAUCUUCUGAAGACAGUCUUGGAUUUCCAUAAACUGGGAAAGCUUGAGUUUAGUGGCAUCAGAGGGAAUGCACUGAGUCAGCAGGUCCAGCAAAUGUACGAGGAAUUUCAAGAGAUCUACAGGGUCUUCUCAGAGUCUUCCUAUGACUGUUUGGACCUCCAAAGCAUGGACUUUGAAAAUGAUGUCUCUGAAUUUAACCAGAGAGUAGAAGAUCUUGACCGAAGAUUGGGGACUAUCUUUAUUCAAGCUUUUGAUGAUACACCUGGUUUGGAACAUGCCUUUAAGUUGCUAGACAUAGCAGGAAACCUCCUCGAAAGACCAUUAGUAGCAAAGGAUGUAUCUGAUAAGUACCAGGUUCUCAUCCACAUGUUCAGUAAAGACCUGGAAGCAGUGAGGAUGAUCUACAGUCAGCAUGUCCAUGAAAAGGCUGAACUUGGGUUCUCCCCAGUGCACAAGAACAUGCCCGCCAUGGCUGGGGGCCUCCGCUGGGUACAGGAGCUGAGGCAGCGCAUCCAGGGUCCCUUUGCCAACUUUAACCGCAUCCCACACCCUUGUAUGGAAUCUGCCGAAGGAAAGCAAAUGUUACAGAAAUAUGAAGAUAUGCUGUCACUGCUGGAAAAGUAUGAGACAAGACUUUAUGAAGACUGGUGUCAGACAGUAUCAGAGAAAUCACAGUACAAUCUUUCCCGACCACUUCUGAUACGUGACCCAGACACGAAGCAGAUCAUUGUCAACUUUAACCCACAGCUGAUUUCAGUGCUGAAAGAAAUGAGCUACCUUGAACCCGGAGAGAUGAAGCACAUCCCUGAGACAGCAGCAGCCAUGUUCUCCUCCAGAGAGUUCUACCGGCAACUUGUGGCUAACUUGGAGUUGAUGGCAAAUUGGUACAACAAGGUUAUAAAAACUCUGCUAGAGGUGGAAAUUCCAUUGGUUGAGGAAAAGCUGAACAAUAUUGAUCUGUGCCUGAGAGAAGCAGAGGAGACUCUGAACUGGAAAACAGAAGGCAUUUGGGAUUAUGUCAUUCAAAUCACCAGCAGUAUUCAUGAUCUUGAACAAAGAAUUCAGAAAACUAAAGACAAUGUGGAAGAGAUUAAAAACAUCAUGAAAACAUGGGUGGUUCCAAUAUUUAAGAGAAAAGAUGGAAAAAGGGAAUGCCUUCUUUCUCUGGAUGAUCAGCGUGGUAGAAAGGAAAGAUAUUAUAAUCUCAUCAAAGAAUCUGGCCUUAAAAUUCAUGCCCUUGUUCAGGAAAACCUUGGUCUAUUUUCAGCAGAUCCAACCUCUAAUAUCUGGAAGGCUUAUGUUAACUCUAUUGAUGAUAUGUUGCAGAAUGGAUUCUUUCUUGCCAUUGAGUGCUCCCUCAAGUACCUCCUGGAAAAUACUGAGUGUAAGGCAGGACUCAUCCCAAUAUUUGAAGCACAACUGAGUCUAGUCAUCCCAGAAUUAGUUUUCUAUCCAUCUCUGGAGUCCGGAGUGAAGGGGGGCUUCUAUGACAUGGUUGAGGGUCUUGUCACCAGCAUUUUUGGGAUAUCAUCGCUGGUGCCACGGCUUUCCUCACAAAAUGGCUCUCCUCACUAUCAGGUUGACCUGGAGGGAAUGGCCGAUUUAGCAAACAUGCGGUGCACUCUCAUGGAGAGGGUCCAGAGCAUGAUGGCCCUCUGCUGUGGCUAUCGAAACACCUUCAGCCAGUAUUCCUAUCUCUAUGUGGAAGACUGGAAGGAGAUCCUAAGUCAGUUUCUGUUAUAUGGGCAUGUCCUCACCCCUAAGGAGAUUGAAGCUCAUGUGGAAGAUGGCAUCCCAGAGAAUCCUCCUCUCCUCUCUCAGUUUAAAGUGCAAAUUGACUACUAUGAAACUCUCUAUGAAGAGGUGUGUAGGCUGGAGCCCAUCAGGGUGUUUGACAACUGGAUGAAAAUUGAUGUUCGGCCCUUUAAGACAUCGCUGUUGAAUAUAAUUAAGAAGUGGAGUCUCAUGUUCAAACAGCAUCUCGUGGACCACGUCACUCACAGUUUGGCCGACCUUGAAGUAUUUAUAAAGAACAGUGAGAGUGGCUUGCUCAAGAAAGUCGAAAAAGGAGAUUUCAAAGGAUUGGUUGAGAUUAUGGGACACCUUUUGGCUGUCAAAGAACGACAGAGCUGCACUGAUGAGAUGUUUGAGCCAUUAAAACAAACUAUUGAAUUGCUGAAGACCUAUGAACAAGAAUUGCCAGAAAUAGUGUUUAAGCAGCUGGAGGAGCUUCCUGAAAAAUGGAGCAACACAAAAAAGAUGGCUAUCAUUGUGAGACAGCAGGUGGCCCCACUGCAGGCAAAUGAAGUGACAAUUCUCCGCCAGAAGUGCACAGCCUUUGAUGUUGAACAGCAGCAAUUCUGGGAGCGAUUCCGCAAAGAAGCCCCCUUCAGGUUUAAUAGCAUUAAUGCUUAUCAAAUGCUGGAUGUCAGGCACAUCGAGAUCCAGCAGAUGGAGUCCACUAUGGCCUCCAUUUCUGAGUCCGCAAACUUAUUUGAGGUCAAUGUUCCUGACUACAAGCAGCUGAAGCAAUGCAGGAAGGAGGUCUGUCAGCUGAAGGAGCUCUGGGACACCAUUGGAAUGGUGAACUCCAGCAUCUAUGCCUGGGAGACCACCCUGUGGAGGGAUAUCAAUGUGGAAACCAUGGACUUGGAGUGCAAGCAGUUUGCCCGGCACAUUCGAAAUCUGGACAAGGAGGUCAGGGCCUGGGAUGCAUUCUCAGGCUUAGAAAACACUGUGCGGAACACCUUGACCUCCCUAAGGGCAAUAGCUGAGCUGCAGAACCCAGCCAUCCGGGAGCGGCAUUGGAGGCAGCUGAUGCAGGCCACUGGGGUGAGCUUCAGAAUGGACAAGGACACCACUCUAGCACAUCUCCUGCAGCUACAGCUGCACCACUUCGAGGACGAGGUUCGGGGCAUUGUAGACAAAGCCGUGAAAGAGAUGGGUAUGGAGAAAACCUUAAAGGAGCUGGAGACCACCUGGGCUGGCAUGGAAUUCCACUAUGAGCCCCACCCACAGACGAAUGUCCCCUUGCUGCAGUCUGACGAAGACCUCAUAGAGAUUCUAGAGGAUAAUCAAGUUCAACUUCAGAACCUAGUGAUGUCCAAGUAUGUGGCUUUCUUCCUAGAAGAGGUGUCAACCUGGCAGAAGAAGCUGUCAACAGCUGAUGCUAUCAUCUCCAUCUGGUUUGAGGUGCAGCGAACUUGGACUCACCUUGAAAGUAUAUUCAUUGGAUCUGAAGAUAUCCGGGCUCAGCUACCACAGGAUUCUAAAAGGUUUGAAGGCAUUGACUUAGACUUUAAAGAGCUAGCUUAUGAUGCUCAGAAAACUCCAAAUGUAGUGGAAGCCACCAACAAAUCAGGUCUUUAUGAAAAACUGGAAGAUAUUCAAAGCAGAUUGUGCCUGUGCGAGAAGGCCUUGGCAGAGUACCUGGAUACCAAAAGGCUUGCCUUCCCUCGGUUUUACUUUCUCUCCUCCCCCGAUCUGUUAGAUAUUCUUUCCAAUGGCACAGCUCCGCAACAGGUUCAACGUCACCUUUCCAAACUUUUUGACAACAUGGCCAAGAUGCGAUUCCAGCUAGAUGCCAGUGAGAAACCAACCAAGACAAGUCUUGGCAUGUACAGCAAAGAAGAAGAGUAUGUGCCCUUCAGUGAGCCCUGUGAUUGCAGUGGGCAGGUAGAAACUUGGCUGAACCACGUGCUUGCUCACAUGAAGGCUACUGUGAGGCAUGAGAUGAUGGAAGGCGUAGCCGCUUAUGAAGAGAAGUCAAGGGAGCAGUGGCUUUUUGACUACCCAGCUCAGGUGGCCUUGACCUGCACUCAGAUCUGGUGGACGACAGAAGUGGGCAUUGCAUUUGCCAGGAUCGAGGAAGGCUAUGAGAACGCCAUGAAGGACUAUUACAAAAAGCAAGUGACCCAACUCAAAACCCUCAUCACUAUGCUUAUUGGCCAGCUCUCCAAGGGAGACCGGCAGAAGAUCAUGACGAUAUGUACCAUCGAUGUACAUGCCCGGGACGUGGUGGCCAAGAUGAUUGCUCAGAAGGUAGACAGUGCCCAGGCUUUCCUCUGGCUGUCUCAGCUGCGCCAUCGUUGGGAUGACGAGGUCAAACAUUGCUUUGCCAACAUCUGUGAUGCCCAGUUUUUUUAUUCCUAUGAGUACCUGGGAAACACACCUCGCCUGGUGAUCACACCUUUGACUGACAGGUGAGCACAGGUGUCAACCACUGACAACCCUACUGCUGUCUAGCUCAGGCCAUCCAGUGGCCAUCCAAGGUCAAGGUUACCCUCACUUGCUGUAUGUCACAGAGUUGCAGGGAAAGAACCUGACUCAACACAGCAGAUUUAAAAUGAAAGUAAAAGGAUGUAGGGCAGAUCCUUUCCUGGCACAAAUCCAGAGCAAAUCAAUGAACUGUGACUUUUUGAGGAAUUACUAGGCAGUCAUAUACAUCUGGGUUCUAACAGCUCUAGGGCAUACUAGCUGUUUGAACUUGAGAAAAAUUGACCU